AUGGCCGCCAAAGUAUGGGAUAUUUUACGGUUUAAAAAUUAUGUUCAACUCGUAUUUAAUUAACCACGAUCAAACGAGUUCAACCGAGAACGAAUUUUUUUUCUUUUUUUCGAGAAAAAAUCGAAUAGAAAAAUGAAUCCGUUUCAUAUAUAUUUCUGACUAAAACAGUAGACAAAAAUCUCCGGUCUCGGCAGUAUACUUCUGAUUUCGUCAAACCUUAUUAUUUUUAAAAAUUAGCAAAUUAAUAGUCUCACCUACAACCUUGUCUAACAUUACCGUGCAUUUCAGAUGAUCAUUCUCGCCGCCUGCGUGGCCGCCGCCGNCUCCGCACCAAAGGCCUACGCCCCAGAGCCCGCAUACGCCCCGGCCCCGUACAGCUUCGAAUACAGCGUCAACGACCCGUCCACCUACGACGUCAAGAGCCAAUCGGAAUACAGCGACGGAAAGACCGUCAAGGGAUACUACAGCCUGAUCGAAGCCGACGGCACCAAGAGGAUCGUCGAAUACACCGCUGACGACUACGGUUUCAACGCCGAAGUCAAGAAGGAAGGCACCCCGUCUUACUCCGCCCCGGCUUACAAAGCCGCCCCAGCCUACAAACCCGCCUACUCAGCACCCGCAUACCCAGCACCAGCUUACCCAGCACCCGCAUACUCGGCACCCGCCUACAAACCAGCCCCGUACAAGGCAUACUAA